CGUUUGUUCUUCUGCGCUGUAAGUCUCCCUCUGUGGAUUUAAAGAACGCCACAGUGGUGUGGAGCCGGUCCGACCUCAGUCCUUCCACCGUUCACCAGCGUGGACCAGAAGGAGAUGACCUGACCAAGCAGAACCAGCUUUACACAAACAGAACCUCCAUGAGGAGCGAUGCCCUGGACACUGGAGACCUGGGGCUGAAUCUGACCCGUCUGCAGGUGUCCGACACUGGAAACUACACCUGCAGCAGAGACGGACUGACACUGAGGACUGUUAACCUACAGGUCAAAGAAAUAUUUCCACUGUGGGGCAAAGUUCUCCUGGUUCUCCUGGUCCUCCUGGUUCUGGCGAUCGUUGCUGGCUUGCUCUGUCAUUUUCGUCACAAUUUUAAGAAAGGUUACAAAAUAAGGCUUCUGGAGGACUCUGGGGUGAAGUCUGUCCUGUUGCAUUGCACGACCGCAGUUCCCCUCCCAGAGGACGCUACGGUGGAGUGGACAGACAGUCACGGCAACACGGUCUACCUGCAUCAGAACCGCUGUAACAAGCCGGAGAGGCAGAUCCAGUUCUACAGAGAUAGAGUUACGAUGCAUGAAGACCUGCUGAGGACCGGGGACCUCAGUCUGACUCUGAAACACCCAACACGUGCAGACUCAGACACCUACACCUGCACCGUCUACAGCAGGAAGAGACGAGUUCUGGUGAAGAAACAGGUUCAGCUCCAGGUCAAAGUCCAACAGGUGGAGGUGGAUUCAGGGACGGAUGCUGUCCGUCUACCCUGUGAAACCACAGUCCAGCUGCUGGAUUCAACAGUUCAGUGGAGGGACAGUAAUAACAGGCUGGUCCACAUGUUGCAGGAUGGUUCAGACGUCCUCAAAAAUCAGGACCAGAUAUACAGAGACAGAACAGCAAUAAAUGGAGACUUUUUACAAACCGGAGACCUCAGUCUGACCCUGAAACAUCUCACGUAUAAAGACAGUAACAUCUACACCUGCACCAUCAACAGCGGAGGGGGAGACGUUCUGAUGAAGAAGCAGGUUCAGCUUCAUGUCAGAGACUGUCACCUGGAGUUGGAGAAAGGGGUGGAGUCUGUCCUGCUACCAUUUAAAGUGUCCCCAGAACUUCUUAAAGAUUCCCAAAUUGAGUGGUGGCGCUAUGAACCUGCCCCAAAAAUUAAGCUUUAUUGUUAUCGAAAUGGUUUUGGUCGAACCUAUGGACAUGCCAGGUCCUUCAGAAUCCAAUCGGAGAUGAGCAAAGACCUGCUACAAACUGGAGACAUCAGUCUGACUCUGAAGAAGACCCUAGAUGAAGGAGACGAGAGUUAUAGAUGUGGAGUCUGGAGGGAUGGGGACCUGCUGGGAUGGACAACAGUUCUGCUCAAAGUCAAAGUGUCCCUGGAGGUCCAAGCUCUAGAGGUGUUUGAAGGGGACCAGUUUGUUCUUCUGCCCUGUAAGUCUCCCUCUGUGGAUCUAAAGAACGCCACAGUGGUGUGGAGCCGGUCCGACCUCAGUCCUUCCACCGUUCACCAGCGUGGACCAGAAGGAGAUGACCUGACCGAGCAGAACCAGCUUUACACAAACAGAACCUCCAUGAGGAGCGAUGCCCUGGACACUGAAGACCUGGGGCUGAAUCUGACCCGUCUGCAGGUGUCCGACUCUGGAAACUACACCUGCAGCAGAGACGGACUGACACUGAGGACUGUUAACCUACAGGUCAAAGGUCAGGAACUAACCAAGCAGCUGCUGCUUUAAGAG